AUGAUUCUUGGCAGCAUGCUUGGGUCGAUCUAUGCCGGGCAUUUUGUUGCGAAGUUUGGCCACAAGGUGUCGUUUCUGGUUAUUGGCAUCGUUGGCAUUGUGUCUUCUGUGCUGUACCAUGUUUCCUCGGCAACGGAUGAGUUUUGGGUGCUGUGUGUUGGUCGUCUGCUGAUUGGCGCUGCAAUCGGUGUUGUGUGCGUCGUCUGCCCCAUGUAUUGCGACCAGAACGCUCACCCGAAGCUUUCUGGAGUGGACGGCGUCCUGUUCCAGGUGUUCAUUACGUUUGGCAUCAUGUUUGCUGCCGCGAUGGGUUUGGCUCUUGGACAAAGCGUGCAGUUUGACAAGGAGACCAGGAUGCAGGCCCGCAUGCAGGGCUACUGCGCCUUUUCGACGCUGAUUUCGUUCCUCAUGAUUUUGCUUGGCAUCUUUUUGGGCGAUAGCAAGACGAAGUUUACGACAGGCAAGCACGAGGACAAUGACGAUGCGCUGGACCCGAAUGAGUACGGCUACCUGCAGAUGCUCGGCCCUAUGGUGAUGGGGAUUGUGAUGGAUGCAACGACGCAGCUGACUGGCAUUAAUGCGGUGAUGAACUAUGCGCCGACGAUCAUGGGCAACUUGGGGAUGGUGCCUCUUGUGGGUAACUUUGUGGUGAUGCUAUGGAACUUUGUGACGACACUUGCUGCGAUUCCACUUGCCUGGUACUUCACGAUGCGCCAGAUGUUUCUCGGUGCCACACUUGUAGCGUCGGUGUCGUGUCUGUUUCUGUGCGGGAUCCCUGUGUACCCCGGCGUUGCCAGUACCAACGUGAAGAACGGUGUUGCGAUCACUGGCAUUGCCAUAUUCAUUGCCGCGUUUGAGUUUGGCCUUGGACCGUGCUUCUUUGUGCUUUCUCAGCAGCUGUUUCCACGCUCGUUCCGUCCGAAGGGUUCGUCGGUUGUGAUGGUGGCACAGUUUCUCUGCAAUAUCAUCAUCAACGUCUGCUACCCAAUUGCGACGGAGGGCAUGUCCGGUGGUCCGUCCGGCAACCAGGACAAGGGCCAGGCGAUCGCCUUCAUCUUCUUUGGUUGCGUUGGCUUUGUUUGCUUUGUCGUGCUGGUGUUUUUCCUGUUCCCGUGGGAAGAGGAGGCGCCUCGGAGCCGCGGCGACGCCGACGAAGGCUCCGUGCCAGCGGAGUAG